AUGAAAUUUUUUCAAAGAUUUCAUCAACUUUUUAUCAAUAACUCUCGACACACGCGGUCAAAGAUCAUCGUGGUUCCACCAGAGGCAAGAUGUCAUACUAAAGCCGUUACUGGAACCAACACUUCAUUCACAGCAAGGAGUCAUACAUUGGGAGAGCUCAGGGUAGACCAUGUUAACACCAAAGUAAAACUAUGUGGUUGGUUACAAUUCCAAAGAUAUGGAAGGUUUUUAACAUUAAGAGAUGCAUAUGGUACAACACAGCUCAUUGUGCCGGAAGAGAAUGCAGAAUUGGUUGAAAAAAUUGGCAGCUUGUCAUAUGAAACAGUAUUGGAAGUUGUUGGCACAGUUAAGGCUAGGCCUACAGAGCAGAAAAAUAAGGCAAUGGCAACAGGAGAUGUUGAAGUAGAGAUUGAAGACAUGAAGGUCCUCAACUCCUGUAAACAGGGACUACCAUUUGAAAUAAGAGACUUUACAAAGGUAAAUGAGACACUACGGCUGAAGUAUCGGUACCUAGAUCUGAGGCAUCAACAAAUGCAGAAAAACCUAAGACUUCGCUCUAAAUUUAUCAAUGACAUCAGAGGAUUCUUAUGUAACAAACAUGGAUUCCUCGAUGUAGAGACACCCACAUUAUUUAGAAAAACUCCUGGGGGAGCACAGGAGUUUAUAGUACCCAGCAGUCAGCACAAAGGUCACUUCUAUUCUCUACCACAAAGCCCACAGCAGUUCAAGCAGUUGCUGAUGGUGGGAGGUAUAGAUAGAUACAUGCAGAUAGCUAGGUGUUAUAGAGAUGAGGGGGCUAAGCCAGACAGGCAACCUGAAUUUACACAGCUGGACAUAGAGUUAUCUUUUACAACCAGGAAUGAUAUACAGACCCUUAUAGAGGAGAUGUUAGUUGAGGUUUGGCCUGAUGAUUUUCCUAAAAUCCCCUCACAAUUCCCAAGGCUAACAUACCAAGAGGCAAUGUCUCAGUAUGGAUCUGAUAAACCUGAUACAAGGUUUAACUGGAAGUUGAAAGAUGUAACAAACAUAAUACAAGAAUCGCAAGACUGUGUCAUAUCAGACGAUUUGAAAAGUGAUUCAAACACAGCUUGCUGCUUGGUUAUUCCUCAAGGCAAGAAUAAUAUUAGUGGCAAGACAAUCAACAAACUAAAGCAAUUUGGGAAGCAGUUAGACGCCUCUGUGAAAGUUUACUUCACAAAGGUACAAGAUGGUGAUAAUCUACAAGGGGACUUGUCUAAGAAACUUUCUCAAGAUACUGCUCAUAAGCUAAUACAUAAAGUCGAAGGUGUAUCUAUGGACCUCCUGCUGGUUGCAACUGGCAAGUGGACUGAUGUUCAUACAGUGCUUGGACGGUUGAGGACAGAAUGCGCCAAUAUAUAUGAAGAACAGGGUGUUGAAGUGAGACAGAAAAAAGCAUACAAUUUUCUAUGGGUUGAAGACUUUCCUUUGUUUCUUCCAAGAGAGGAUGGAGAAGCGGGGAUAGAAUCUGCUCAUCACCCAUUUACUGCCCCACAUCCUGAAGAUGCCCAUCUUCUACAUACUCAACCAGAUAAGGCUAGAAGUCUACAUUAUGACUUGGUGUUGAAUGGCAGUGAGGUGGGAGGAGGCUCUAUAAGAAUACAUAAUGCUGAUUUACAGAGACGGGUGUUGGAGGAUAUACUAAAGGUUGAAGUAGGCCAAUUGGAACAUUUACUUGAAGCCCUAGAAUAUGGAUGUCCACCACAUGGUGGGAUAGCACUAGGACUUGAUCGAUUGAUUGCAGUACUUUGCGAUGCUCCAAGUAUUCGUGAUGUGAUAGCUUUCCCAAAAUCAUCUGAUGGUUGGGAUCUCAUGAGUCGGGCACCUGCACCGGGUACCAAAGAAGAUCUAAGUCAUUACCAUAUAUGUACAAGUGAUGUCAUGAGUGAAACUGACUUAAGCAAAUAAGGCAGAAUGUGUUUUUGGAGACAAUUUUGUUGUUUAAGAGACUAGGUCAAUAUUUCAAAACCUAAUUAAUUACAUUUCAGACU